AAUUAGUAAUCUAAUGCUCUGAGCAUCUAGACACUAGUGGUUGAAUAUUGCUUACUUUACUACACUUAGUCCAUGGUUCUUUAGCUUGUACAACCAGUUUGCCAAUGUUUAACUGGAAAACAGCUACAGCAGUUUCACAAAUUGAAUCUUUCAACAGUCUCAAAUAUGUCUCUGUGUGACUUCAAGCGCUUCAGAUGGGCUCACAUUCACCGGAUUCUCUUUUUUGCACUUUUAGCAUUGUCUGGCACAAUUUUGAUUAAACAAAUGCUUGACCCAUGCACAUUCAAAGACCUUCAAGAUCCAACAGGCAAUGCCAGGAAGCAACGCUGUAAACAUGAAAUGUAUGAUCUUCUCAGCCUGAGACCACAAGAACAAGGUGAGCUCAAUUGUUCAAAGAUUAUUGAAGGGAAUUCUGAUGCUAUAAAACAAGGGCUUCAAAUUAAUGCAGCCUUAAAGGGAAAGUACAUCCAUUUAAAUGAGCAAGAUUAUAUCAAUAUGACUCAUGACUGCAAGUACUUUAAAGGUUUUAGAAAAUAUAUUACUAUUCCUAUGAGCAAGGAGGAAGAGGACUUUUCUAUUGCCUAUUCCAUGGUAGUCCAUGAAAAAAUCGAUAUGUUUGAGCGACUUUUACGUGCUAUUUAUGCCCCUCAAAACAUUUAUUGUGUCCAUGUGGAUGAAAAGUCAACACAACAGUUCAAGGCUGCAGUGAGAGCCAUCACCUCAUGCUUUGAUAAUGUGUUUGUGGCAUCUAAACUGGUGAGAGUGGUCUAUGCGUCAUGGUCAAGAGUACAAGCUGAUUUCAACUGUAUGGAGGAUCUGUUGCAAAAAAACGUUUCAUGGAGGUAUUUGUUGAAUACAUGUGGCACAGACUUCCCACUGAAAACUAAUGCUGAGAUUGUGAGAGUUCUCAAAACAUUAAAUGGAAAAAAUACUAUGGAAUCUGAAGAGCCAUCAGAAGGCAAAAAGAAUCGUUGGAAACAUCAUUAUGAAGUAGGUGACCAUAUUUCAGAGACCCAGACUUUAAAGCUACCUUCACCAAUUAACACCCCCAUGUUUACAGGAAAUGCCUAUUUUGUGGUUUCCAGAGCCUUUGUAAAGUAUAUAUUUGAAGACCCUCAGAUACUAAAAUUUAUAGACUGGGUCAAAGAUACUUAUAGUCCAGAUGAACAUCUUUGGGCCACAUUAAACCGAAUGCCUGGUGUUCCAGGCUCAGCACCUUACAGUAAGAAGUAUGAACUUUCAGACAUGAAUGCAAUGGCUAGAAUGGUAAAGUGGUCAUACAACGAAGGGGAUAUGCAUAAAGGAGCUUCCUACCCUCCUUGCACAGGAAUCCAUCGAAGGGCUGUAUGUGUAUACGGCACAGGAGAUCUAAGCUGGAUAGUGAAGCAGCAUCAUUUGUUGGCCAACAAGUUUGAUCCAGAAGUAGAUAACAUUGCGAUAUAUUGCCUUGAGGAAUAUUUAAGACAUAAAACAGUUUUUCAAAUAGAUCUAUAAUGCACUAAGAAACAUAAGGCUAAAUUAUUUCCUGGUCCAUAGUUAAAUGGUUCAUGUAUACUUUGUUUACCCUACUUUUGGACAAUUCCUUGGGUAUACAUUGGACAGUUUAGCUUUCUAAAAACCCACAAAUGUAUUUGUCUUGUUGAGAAAAAAGAAAUGUUACUAUAAGUAUCUCUCAUGUAAUUAUUUUUUGUUUAGGGUCCAGUUGUUUCAAUUUUAUCUGUACUAUACAGAACUCAAAUAUUAUUCUACAUGUAUUCUACAAUAUUUAUUUUCAUUCUGAUUUAAUAUUUUUUUUAUCAUUGCGCAUUUUGAGAUACAUUGUCUAUAUUAAAUUCUCUUUACUAUUGGUCCAGCUCAACAGGUUUGAUAUUUUUCAGAUUGAUAUGCGAUCCCUAAUAUUUGUUAAUUUAAGUAUGUGUAAAUAAAAAUGUAUUAUAUUAAACAAAGAAACAAAAAUCAUCGCCAUAACAAAUACAACCGCUGGGCAUAGACAUUAAAUACUGACCUAUCAAAAGAUUAUUCAGUAUCAGCAAAUCAAUAAACACUCUCAUUAAC